GAAUACAACCCUAAUAAUUCCCUCUCAUUGCCUCUUUCUCUCCUGCCUCGUCUCUCUUCUACUCUCUUGUCGUCUUCGUUCGAGAGCCUGAAAGUACUUUGGCAAUCUUCAAGGCAGCCGAGGGUUAUAUAAAGGAAAAAAUUUUGGUUAAAGAUUGGCAUUCUAUAUACAGCAACGUUGUACUCUUCUAUGGAAGAAAACACAAUACAAAGCAUGAGUUUAAAUCAAAUUCAAGAUUGAAGGAGGAUUUAAGGUAAGGUUUAUUUUUCUUCAAUGCAAGAAGUAAUUCAAAAAUUCGGUUUUUCUUCAAUUAUAUCGUUUACUAAUUUCUUUGUUAAGGUGAACAUUGAAAGGUAGCAAUAUACUUUUGCUAUUUGUUUGUAUUUAAUUGAGUUUUUAGAUAUUGAAUGCCUUAAUUAAGGAAUAAUUUUAAUUUACGUGCAAAUAAUGAGUUGAGUUAAUAAUGUGGAGUUGAUUAAACUGGAGAGAGGUUAUCAAUUAAUUAAAGGGAUUCUAUCAAAUACACGGAGUCAAUUGUUGUUAGAAAUCGAUUGUUAGAAUUGCAGGAAUAAUAUGAUGAAUUUGUCCUGUUUUAGUAGUGUUUUAAUAUUGUGGAUAUUUGAUUAAUGGGCUGAUGUUGCUAUUACAUGUAUGGAAAUCUUUACACAAAAAACAAUGUUGCUAUUAGUGCCACUCAUACCCAUGCCGGCCCAGGGGGUUAUCUUCAAUAUUUUGUAUAUCUUGUAACAUCCUUUGGUUUUGUGCGCCAAUCCUUUGAUGCCCUUGUUGAUGGCAUUGAGCAGAGCAUCAUACAAGCACAUGAUAGUCUUCAACCUGGAUCAAUAUAUGUGAAUAAAGGUAGUUCAACAAUGGGGAACGCAUCUGUGCAGAUGCAAACUGCAAGUAUUUCUCUUGAAUCCAUGGUGAAAGAUUUUGCAACAGAUGGAGAACCAAGAGGAAGAAAAGAAGAGGACAACCUUUGAAAAAAACAUAAGGGUUGUCCAAGGGUUGGUUCCAUUUGCACAUACAAGAAGGAUAAGUUCAGCAACUCAGUCGUAUGUUUGGCUGACUUGUUUUGCAUGGUGGAAGCAUGGCUGACGCUGAGAAUUGUUGAAUAUAUUAGCUGUUUCAAAGUGCACUUUUCUAUCGAGAACUAUUGUAAUGGAAAUGGAGAAGAAAUUGGCAAUAAGAUGUUACUUAUUCUUUCUCACGUACACCUUUGGUUCUACAAUUGUUGUCUUCGAUGCCUAAAUGUUUUUUUCUGAUUUAGCUUUAA